AUGGCGUCGCAACUACUUCCACUUGGUAAACAUCCCGACCCCAAUGCUUAUCCGGGGUUAGCUACUAAUAGAGGGGAUAGAAUUAAUCGACAAAAUUCAGCGGAACCCUACUUGGGUUUGAUGAUUAUGUUAAUAUGGUCCUUGAGGAUGUCACAGAAUUGUAUGGACACGCAUUCUGCAUUCCUACACCGGCGAUUUUCAUACUGA